CUUCUCCUACCGGGUCAUCGCGGUCAUCGCCCGUCUCACCCAUGAAUUCCCCCUCGGGAACCGCUCCAUAUCCCUUCCCGACUCGGAAACCGCGCCCCCGGGUGCACAUCCGGCGGUACUACUCUUCGCCACUGAAUGAUGAGAUCCCGGACUCGACUCCGCUGCAGGUGUUUGGCCUCGUGCAACGCUCGCCGUCCGUCACCCAGAAGCAGCCGCGGCUGAUCAACCGCAUGUCCUACGCCCUCGGCGAUAUCAAAGAGGAGCUGGACCCGCGUCUCGCAGCCGACAAGAUCCGCAAGCGCACCUCCGUCUUCAUGUUCGACGGCGCAAACCUGUCCCAGCCGACCCUGCUGUCUCCGCCACAAACGCAUCCAGAAGAGGAGGAAGAGGAAGAGGCAUCCGUCCGUCCGCAGAGUUCGCACCCGCCGCCGCCGUCUUCGUCGCGGCCAAACUCCCUCUUCUCAAUGGACCUGCGCAAACCUAGACGCCGGCUGAGCAUGUUGCGCGGCUCGUUCAUCCGCCGGAAGGGGCCCCAGACUUCACAGAGUGCCAGCAUCUCCACGCCGAAUCUUAUCGGCUCGUCGAAUGGAAUCUAGAUCUGCAAGAUGGGUUAACAUAGGGGGGAAAAGUUGUUUAGGAGUCACGGCUGGUUCAUUGAGCAUAAUCUGGCGGAGUCAUCAAUUCGAUCAUUUUUUUCGUGCUUUUUUCUUUUCUUUUUGAUCAAUUAUUGCAAUUCUAUUGCCGGUUCUCUCGCUUUCCCCCCCUCUCUCUUCAUUCUUUACUACUACUUAAUGGCAUUGACAGUCUGGCCCUGUACAUAUGAUUACUGGAUGG